AUGCCUUGCCAAUUGCCAGAAGGAAUUGAGAAUGUUUCAGAUGAUGUUUUUUCGUAUAUGUGCAAUUUGGCAAUGGAAAAAUGUUCAGAUAAAGGAGAGAAAAAGAAAGCUUCUUGUGGGGGUGCAGCAAUGAGGAAAAGAUUGUUAAUAAAGAAUUUUGUUGCACAAAUGUUAUCACAAGAGCAGCAAACAAAGAAUUUACAGCAACAAUAUUUGGAUGCUAGAGAAUGUCAACAAAAUUUAACUUCUACAACUUCUUGGAUAUCUUCACAAUUAGCAGACGAUAGGCAUAUGGAAAGGGAAGAGGAAGACGAAAUGGAAGAAUUUAAAAUAAGAGAAGAAUAUAGAAGAGUGGGGGAAGAAAAAGAAGAGGAGGAAGGAGAGGAUUAUGAUGAGGUUGAGGGUGAAGAGGAAGAAGAAGAUGGGGAUGAAGAAGAGGAGGAGGAGGAAGAAGAAACAGCUGUAGCUGCUCUUUUGGCUGUAACUGAUCAAAGAGAAGAAAAUUCUUUUAGACCGAGAUACCAAAAUAACACUUCUGUUGAAGAAGAAGAUAUUUUAUUAGAGGAAGAAGAAAACAAAGAAGAAACAAUUUCAAAUAAUUCAUCUUCAACAACAUUUUCUUCUAUUUCUAAUUAUUCGACAGCUGCUAAUUAUGGUAGUUGGCCAAAUCAUUUAAAUGAAGAAAAGAGGGGAGUGGAAGAAGAUGAAUUCCAAAAAGUGCCUAUACAACAAAAUCAAUUGGCUUCAAAGAAAAUUUUAAUCACUCAAAAAUAUAUUUUUCUUAACAGUUAUGCAGUUGAAAAUUCUCUUUUAUCUGGAAAUAAAGAUAUUUAUAAUGGAUCUUGGCAUUUUUAUGGAGGAAUUGACACAACAUUUGACUCUUUACAUGGAGGUUUAUUAACAGAAAAUUUAAUGCUGGAGGACCAACAACAAAAUGAACAUAUCGAUAAAUUAUUAGAAAAAGAUGGAAAUACAACAAAAUUGUUUUUAAUGGAAAGGGCUGCUGAGCCUUUAAUUGAUGAAAUAUCUGAACAUUCUCAACAACAUUUAGUUGGAUUUUCUAACAUGGUGCCAUAUAUAAUGAAAUUCUCAAAUGAAGAUACUCUUUUCUACAAUCCUUUAGAAGGUGAAAAUCAACAACAAAAUUCUCGUUGUCUAACAAAUUUGGAUAAUGCUAAACUUGUAGAAAAUGAAAAUACUCAUCAGCAAGUUGAUAUUUUUGAAUCGAGGAAGAGGCCGUGGUAUUCACAAUCGGAAUGGUCUCAUUUUGAGGAAAAUAGUGGUGGAGUUUGUGAUGACAAUCAUUUUGAACAACACCAACAAUUUUCUCCUCUUUGUUGUGGUUUUCUUCAAUUACAGCAAUUUGGAAAUAAUAGUGGAACAGCACAAACAUGUGGAAAUUCAACAAUUAACGAGCCUUUAAUAAAACGGGUUAAAUUAUAG